UAUCAGCAGUAAUUUUUUGUUUGCAGAUUUGUUUUAUUUACUUUUCAGUUUUAUUUUACAACCAAAUGCAAUUUUGACAUGGAUGGUGUUAAUUUAUGAAGUGCGUUCCAAUGUAUUUAUUCAUUUCCUCCGACAGUGAGCACCUGGUAUCAAAAUUAUUUCAGAAGACAGCAUGGGGAUCCAUAUUUUUGUUUCAUGUUGAUUUUGGUAUUUGGUCUCGGGGCUCUGGCUGUUGGGAAGUACUGCAGCUGCUGGAGUCACUUUGAGCACACAUUUUCCAAACUAACGCAGAAACCCCACUGGCCCUGGCGGAGAGUCGUGGUGCUUAGAAAGCAUCUGCCGGAUGCCUAUGACCCCGGACCGACUUCGUUUCGCGCCCCACAAGCGACACUGAUCCCGAAAGCGGCUGAGCGUCCCCACCCCCGGCCCCCAGAGCGCUCCGAGAGUCGAUCCCCGCGGGCUGCGCGGACCCCGCUUUGCUCCCGCGGGCGAAGCCCCGGGCCGGCAGUGACCCCCGCGGCCGAUCCCGCUGCUGAGUCCCGUUCGGGCUGUGGGAUCGGCCGCGGGGGUCCCGGGGCCGCUGUUCCGCCCGCCCCGCGCUGCCAUUGGCCGCGGCCCCCCCGCUCCCUCGGCCCCGCUGCCCGCGCUUAUAGCGGCGGGACGGCGCUGCCGGAGCGCCGGGAGCCGCCGGGAGCCGUCGGGAUGCGCGCCCCGCCUAGCUGUCCGCGCUGGGCGCUGCUGGCCCUGGCGCUGCCCGUCCUGGCGCUGCCCGCAGAGCGGCUGGCGCUGCUGCCCCACGGCGAGGACCGCGGCGAUGCCGCGCUGGAGCCCGGGGACGAUGUGCACUCGGCGGCGCUGGAGCUGAGCACGGCGCUGCGCUUCUACGGCGCGGCCGUGCGCUCCCUCUAUGUUACCACUAAUGGAAUUAUUGCAGUGAAUGAACCCUCAAGUGAAGAAAAAUACCUUGGUCAAUUCCCAGUGAGUUUUGGGGCUAUUGCUCCUUUUAUGGCUGACCUGGACACAACAGAUGGACGUGGAAAUGUGUACUACAGAGAAGAUUCCUCCUCAGAUGUCUUGCAACUUGCAUCAGACUAUAUCAAAAGAGGCUUUCCUGAGACUGAUUUUGAUCCCAGCAGUGUCGUUAUUGUUACCUGGAAGCUUGUGGCUCCUUUCCAGGAGCCAGGAGAAGAUCAUGCUUUGGAAGAAAAGAGAAACACAUUCCAGGCUGUCUUAGCCUCUUCAGAUUCCAGUUCCUAUGCUAUUUUCCUUUAUCCAGAAGAUAGCUUGCAGUUCUAUAGCACAUACUCCAAGAAUGGCGAUGAAAAUACUCCUGCUAUUGUUGGCUUUAGUCAAGCCUCUGCAAACUACUACUUUUGGGAAAAGCCAGGAUCCUACAAUGUCAUUGCUGAUGAUGAAGACAGCAUUAGAAACCUGUACAAAGGCAGCAAUGCUGGGAAGCAGGGCGUCUGGGUGUUCGAGAUUGGUAGUUCGUCUGACAGUAUUGUGUCUGCCAAAAUCAGCAAUAUUUUGGAGAGCGUAGAGCCCAAUGAAGAAGACCAGGAGAUGACUUCUAAGCCCUUUAUGUCUGACUAUGGUUCCACUGAAAUAACACAACAGUAUAUCACAAGUAGCACAGACGGCACUGAAGAGGAUCAGCACCUUGUCACAUACAGUGUUCCUCAGUUAGCUGCAGAAGACUUUCUGACUUCAUACCAAGAUGUAACCGGAACACCUUCAACUGAGUCUUUUUACAAUCCUCAAAAUUUCCCGACAGCAAAAGCUCCACCUCGCCAGUUUCGGAUCCAGCAGUUCCCCCCACAACCACCUCAAGUCAUAGAUGUGGAAGAAUUUGAUGAAACUGGAAUAGUGUUUCGCUACCACACAGAUGUCCAAGAGACCUGUGCUAACAACCGUCACCAGUGCUCUGUUCAUGCUAUUUGCAAGGAUUAUCCCAACGGGUUUUGUUGCAGUUGUAUUGCUGGUUACAAAGGAAAUGGCAGACAGUGUGUAGCAGAAGGUUCUCCUCAGAGAGUCAACGGCAAGGUCAGAGGAAGAAUCUUUGUAGGAAACAACCCUGUCCCAGUUGUAUUUGAGAACACUGAUCUCCACUCCUACGUUGUGAUGAACCAAGGGCGUGCCUACACUGCUAUCAGCACAAUCCCAGAGACUUUGGGGUAUUCUUUACUACCUCUUGCCUCUAUUGGAGGUAUCAUAGGAUGGAUGUUUGCUGUGGAACAGCAAGGAUAUAAAAAUGGAUUCAGUAUUACAGGUGGUGAGUUUACACGGCAAACAGAAGUAACUUUUCUUGGCAACAAUGAGAAGCUGGUUGUAAAGCAGAAGUUCAGUGGCAUUGAUGAGCAUGGUCACCUCACCAUCAGCACAGAAAUGGAGGGCAGAAUACCUGAGAUCCCAUCUGGGGCAUCAGUCCAUAUAGAACCAUACACUGAACUCUAUCACACUUCUAGUUCUGUGAUCACUUCAUCGUCCUCGAGGGAGUACACGGUGACAGAGCCAGAAAGGGAUGGAGUGGCUUCGACGUACACGGGUGCCUAUCAGUGGCGCCAGACCAUCUCCUUUGAUGAAUGCAUCCACGAUGACUCCCCCCAUUCUGCUCCUGCCACUCAGCAGCUCUCAGUGGACAGCGUGUUUGUCCUGUACAACAGGGAUGAGCAAAUCCUGCGAUACGCCAUGAGCAAUUCCAUCGGCCCCAUCAGUGAUGGUUCUGCUGAUAUUAACCGGAAUCCUUGCUACACUGGCACUCAUAACUGUGACACCAACGCCGUAUGCCGUCCGGGAACUGGGAAUCGUUUCUUCUGUGAAUGUUCUAUUGGCUUCCGUGGGGACGGAAACGUUUGUUAUGAUAUUGAUGAGUGUUCAGAGCAGCCAGGGCUGUGUGGCAGCAAUGCAGACUGCAACAACCAGCCGGGAACAUACCGCUGUGAGUGUGUUGGGGGAUACCAGUUUGCAGCAGAUGGGCGGACUUGUGUUGCUGUGGAGCAUGAGGUAAACCACUGCCAGAGGGGCACACACAACUGUGACAUUCCUCAGCGUGCUCAGUGUGUGUACACCGGAGGGUCUGCCUACAUCUGCACCUGCCUCCCUGGCUUCUCCGGAGAUGGGCGAGCCUGUGAGGAUGUAGAUGAAUGUCAACAGGGCCACUGUCAUCCAGAUGCUUUCUGCUACAACACUCCUGGGUCCUUCAGCUGCCACUGCAAGGCAGGUUAUCGUGGGGAUGGUUUCCGAUGUGUGUUAGGAGAAGUAGAAAAGACCAAAUGCCAGCAUGAACGGGAAGUAGCUCUUGGCAGUGGAGGUGCUUUCUUCCCAAGGGAUGUAAGAGUUGGUCACUUCAUUCCCCAGUGUGAUGAGCAUGGGAAUUACCUACCCACUCAGUGCCAUGCUGGCAGUGGAUAUUGCUGGUGUGUGGAUAGGGAUGGAAAUGAGAUUGAUGGCACCAGAAGCGGUCCAGGAGUUCGACCACCGUGUCUGAGCACAGCCGCUCCCCCUGUUGUUAUUGGGCCUUCUGUUCGACCAGACACGGUACCUCUGCCACCAGGAACGCACUUGCUUUUUGCCCAAAGUGGUAAAAUUGAACAUGUUCCACUAGAGGGAAACAAUAUGAAGAAAAAUGGUGCAAAAGCACUCUUGCAUAUUCCAGACAAAGUUGUUAUUGGAGUUGCCUAUGACUGUGUGGACAAGAUGGUUUAUUGGACAGACAUCAGCGGCCCUUCAAUCAGCAGGGCCAGCCUGCAUGGUGGGGAGCCAACAACCAUAAUCAAAACAGACUUGGGAAGCCCUGAAGGGAUAGCUGUAGAUCAUCUAGGUCGCAACAUCUUCUGGACUGACUCUCAGCUGGAUAGAAUAGAAGUGGCCAGGCUGGAUGGGCGGCAGCGUCGCAUCCUUUUUGACACUGGUUUGGUGAACCCCAGAGCAAUUGUUUUGGAUCCUGUGAGAGGAAAUUUGUACUGGACUGACUGGAACAGAGAAGCUCCUAAAAUUGAAACUUCAUACAUGGAUGGUACAAAUAGAAGAAUUCUUGUUAAAGAUGAUCUUGGAUUGCCAAAUGGACUGACAUUUGAUCCUUAUUCCUCAAUGCUGUGCUGGGUAGAUGCAGGUACCAAGAGGCUGGAAUGCAUGAACCCUAAUCAGCUUGGUAGACGAAAGAUUGUUGAAGGGAUUCAGUAUCCUUUUGGUGUUACAAGCUAUGGGAAGAAUUUAUACUAUACAGACUGGAGAAGGGAUGCUGUUGUAGCAGUGGAUCGCACAAUUUCAUUAGAAAAUGAUAACUUCCAGCCUCACAAGCGCUCACGACUCUACGGAAUCACCACAGCCUUCGCUCAGUGCCCAGGAGGGCAUAACUACUGUACGGUGAAUAAUGGUGGUUGUACUCACCUCUGCUUGGCUACCCCAGGAGGCCGUACUUGCCGCUGCCCUGACAACACAGUUGGAGUAGAUUGUAUAGAAAGAAACUGAGCAUUAAAAUAAGCUUUGGAGCAGCAGACACCUUUUGGAAAUGUGCUGUAAACAAUUCACUCCUAUCAACACAAUCAGGCCCUAAAGAUAAGCGCUCCAUGCUGCUGACAGCAAGCCACUAUGCACAUAUGCAGACACACACACACACACAGAGGCUGCUUUUGUAGCAGUUAAGACAGAGCUACCCAGGUUGGAUCCAAAUUCACCUUAUUGCUUGUAAAAUUAUCUCUUUGCUUUUAAAGGUAAAUGUGGAGGCCUUAGUUGUAUCUGCCCCAGACGAGGAGGAUGUGUCUCUUGGCAAAACUGAAGUAACAAAACACAGAACAGAGUAAGGAGAAUGGAACUACUCAAAUCCUGAGACUGAAUUGUACCUUGGAGUGAGCAGCAGUUUUCUGCAGAAGUGGUAUGGUUAGCCCAUCAUAUAUGUGGCUGGACUUAUCUCUAGGUGAGAAAUAAUCAGGGAGGUCCCAAAGUUGAACAUAUGAGGGGGAAUACCCAGUAAUAGCACAUAUUUACUGCCAACCACAUUCCAUCUCACUACCAGUUCUUCCACUUCAAAAACCUGAAUCUCAACUUUUGACUUCUGCACUACAGAAGUAUUUUAUCCAUGUGUUGUAAGGAUUAUAAAUCUCACCCUGGCUCAUGUGAUCCUUUUCUACAGCACAUGAUUUGUUAUAGAUAAUCAACACUAUUUAGUGGAUAUAUUUGAAGUUUUUGUUAGGUUUUAAGAGAUUUAUCUUUCUUCUGUUUGAGGUGGAUUCCUGAGUAGUUCCCUAAAAUCCACUAAACAAAAUUUAGAUAUUUUGAACAAUUGCUGAUAGGUCAUCAAAGAAGGGAUGUUGAUUCAUGGGGAGACAAGUGGUUUUAAAGAGAUAGUCACAUUUGUUUUCUGAGAGGUUUUAAAAUAGUAUUUCUAUGUUUGAUCCUAUAAGCCUCAAAGUGGUCUCUGAAUUCUAUCUUAGCAAUCUUUCUUCUUUAGCAAACCAUGCCAUGCCUUUUUAUAGACCGUAAGAAACCACGGCAGUUAAAAUCUGAUUUUCAGAAAGCUCACGUCUGGGUUGGUGCUUAAAAAAAAAAAAAAAGCUAAUGCCCCAUUUAUGUGCCAGUGAUCAGUAACAGCAAAAACGGUGCUCUGAAAAUCAAAGUGAAGUUGAUGUUUUCAUCAUCACCAGUAAGUUUGGAGAGGGAAAAUCUAAAUGCAUACUUAUACGUCAAAUUAGCAGAAUAAAUCUGGAAGUGAAGUUUGGUUUCCUCACUGUGUGUUGGGAAGGAAGCUUGCCUGCAAACCAACCUGUGGCAGAGCAAAACAGGGCUUGUGAGGCUCCUGCCAGAGCCCGUUUCACUGUGUGUCAUGAUCAGAGCAGUAAGCUAACAUCCCCAUUUCCUCACUCCCUCUUCAGACACAACGGUGACAGUUUUAAACAGAGCCAAUUCUGAGUCUUACCUGUGUGACAUCUUCCUCUUUAGUUGUAUAUUUAUCAUAAAAUAACAAAACAUAUAAACAUUUUAAAGAUCUUUUUGUAUAACUUUUUAUAACUCUUAAUUCAUUCUAUUCAUGCACUUAAUCAGGUAUGUCUUACUGUAAAUAUCAAAAAUUUGUUGAAAUGAAGGUGCUUGAUAACUCUUUCUCCAGAAAUACUCACAUAUCUGGUGAAAUAUUAAAGUUUACACUCUGUACAGGUAUCUACAGUACAGUCAAUAAAAAUGGUUGGUUUUUAUUUUCUAUAAAAAAUAAUGUCAUGACUGCAGAAGGAAGUGAUAUGUGGUGUCUCAAAUAUAUUUUCUUGUUGCGUUCU